AUUUUCUUCGAGAGGGAGGAAAAAUAAAAAAAAGGUCUACCGCGCAAAGGACGUAACCGAAGAAGAAAGCGGACACACAGAGACGUUUUCUACUUGCAUUGUAAAAAAUAAAUAAGAUCGGAGGGUUGACAUUGCACCCUCCUCCAUCAGCAAAAAAAAAAAGGAAGAAGAAAAAACAUACUGUGACCUGGAACCUUUUUUUCAGCCCUCCUAUUCCAUAUGGAAAGAAAAGUUUUUUUUUUUUUUUUUUACAACAUCAUCUUAAAGAAACCUCCCUCUCCACCCUGUUAUUGCCGAAAAAAAAAGAGCCGGUGUCAGCGAGGGUUUGGAGGGUGGAACCCACCCGAGAUGGAUGGUUACAAAAGGAGCCAUCCACCCGUUGAUUGGCGUUCAGUUGCACAAGUGAAGCGAUCGCGGAGAGACCUCUCUUACCAUUUGGCCUCCCUUCUUUUAAAAAAAAUGGGAGGAUCGGGAAGCCCGCAACAGCAGUAUUGCCUGCGAUGGAAUCAGCAUCGUUCCAACCUGCUCAGCGCGUUCGAUCAAUUGCUGCAGACGGAAGCGCUGACGGACGUCACCUUGUCGUGCGGUGGAGCUUCAAUCAAGUGCCAUCGGAUCGUCUUGGCAGCUUGCUCCGGCUAUUUCCAGUCGUUAUUCGUCAACGAUAACGUCUACCUCGGCGCGCCGCAACAGCAUCCGAUCGUCGUCUUCAAAGACAUCCAAUUGGCCGAAUUGAAGGCCAUUCUCGAGUUCAUCUACCGCGGCGAGGUGAGCGUCGCGCAAGAGCAGGUCGGCGCCCUACUCAAGGCCGCAGAAUCCCUCAAAGUCAAAGGUCUCUAUUCCGAGGACGGAGCCGGAAGUCCGGCCGGAUUGUCCGGUCUCAGUUUCGAACCGACUUCGGGUCACACGGUUAAUUCCGGAUUCCUUCCGCAGUUGCGUGCGCAGACGACGACACCUGUCCAGCCUCAGCCUGCCCAGCAUCUACCGGCCAGUCUUCUUCAAAUGCCCUUGUUCAAACGUUCACCUGCCAAGACCCCCGAGAGGACUAACAGCAGUUUGGAUAAGGAACGCGAUGGAUCGUCCAGUUCGGAAACCAACCCACCUGAAGAUGAUCGUGACGAGCCCAUGGUGACGGAUAGAAUAAAAUCGAGCCGAUCCCCAGUCUUUGAUCACGUCAAAGAUUUGGCGCCAGCGUCUUCCCUCUCUUCCUAUCACGGCGAAAACGGCAAAAACAAUGGCAACAGCAAUCGACCGGAAUUGAAACGCUACCGACAGUACACUCGGCACGAUAUUGCCGCCGCCAUCGAGGCCGUCCGUAGCGGCCAAAGUGCCCUGCAGGCAUCGCGGCUCUACGGCGUUCCAUCCCGUACGCUCUACGAUAAGGUGAAGAAAUUGGGAAUCGUGACUGGACGGCCCUACCGCCAAUCCAUUGCCGUGGCCGUGUCUUUAGCCCAAGGCGGAAAUCUCUCGUCGGUUUCGGCCGGAUCUCCUGGCUCUCGCGUCAACGGCGGAGUCGGUGGCAACGCGGUCGACGAUGACUCGAUGGACGUGCAUCAUCACUUGCAUCAUCACAGCAACGGCCAUUUUAGGCGGCUCCCCAACAGCCUGGAAGAGUUGAGCCUUUAUUUUGCCGCUUCUCCGGCUGCGGCGGCCGCCGCCGCAGCCGAACUGGCGCUCAGCCAGCACGUCCACGCGGCCCAAACGGCCCGCGGCGGUGCCAUCCCUCCGUCGACGACGGACGAAGAUGACAACAACAGUAACGGUGCUGGAGUGAUUCAUCCAGCGCCCAUCGAUUUGUCGCAAAACUACGAGCGCAUGAUGCGCAUAGCGGCCGGCGACGUGGAUCCGACCCAGACGAGAGAUGUGGUCGCGGUAGACACGUCCAAUAAAACCACCGAAUUGCUGGUCGAAAAAAGCGCCUGAAACGCCAUCUCUUGCCGGUCUCAUUUUUUCUUUUUGCGGAAAUGAGAAAUAUUUCUCACACUUGUAUACGAAAAAAAAAAAAUCAGAUGAAAACAAAAUGCGUUCAAGUCAAGAGAUUUUUUUUAAAGAAGACACUCGGAACAAUAAAAAAAAAAAUCUUUGGAGUUGUGACGAUUGAACGAAAUAUUUGCUCAGGAGACGGAUUCAUUUUGCAAAAUGUUUUUUAAAAUUUGUUUAUUUUUUGUACCAUUGUGUUACUUUGAUAAUUAUUUGGUCUCGAUUAAUUUGCCUAUAGCAGGGUAUGCAUCCAAUACCGAUACCAUGUCGACGUAACUACCUCCCACGAACUCUCAUCGAUUUGAUGUGUCCAUUCGCUCAACACAAACGUAUACGAACGAGUUCUUCCGCGGAAUUAGUCACAAUUCAAGAGUUUUUGCUCAUUUGUUCUGUAUAAAAAUAUAUUUUGCCCAAUUCUUACAAUCCCCCUCAAUGAUAAUA